AUGGGGGAGCUCGUGCCCAUCACCAGCACAAGCGGCGUGCUGAUGGUGCCGGACCGGUCGCAGCAGCUGGCAGACUACGAGAAGCGCCUGAAGGAGGCCACUGAGCUGGAAGAAAAGCUCAAUAAAAUCCAGGAGGAGGUUCCUACUCGCAUUUAUAAUGUGUCUGGCAGCUGCGCAGGCGCAGGCAGCGGCGACUUCCAUUACUACCGGCAGGAGCCGUAUCAAAGCGACGGCGGCAGCGACGGCCGCGACAGCGGCUGCAGCAGGAGCGGCGGGAGCAGCGGCUACAGCGGCGGGGGCAGCGGCUGCAGCAGCAGCUGCAGCGGCGGCAGCAUGGGCGAGGGUGGCGGCCUCAGGACAACAGCAGCGGCGACAGGAUCCGCGGCAGCAACAGGGUCGGUUUCGAGCGGCUCCAGCGCACGCUUCUUCGCCCUUACACUGCUUAAACUCCGAUGCCCCGUGCAGAUUCGGCGGGCUGAGCAGGAUCGCCUGCGGCGCAUGGAGGCGGAAGAUAAGUUGAAAACGCAGACGCAGGAGUUUGAGGGGAAGCUGAAGCAGCGGCAAGAGGCGGCUGAGGCAAAGACGGCCAAGAACCGGAGCAAGCGGCAAAAGAAGAAGGACAAGAAGAAGGCUGCAAAACUGGUGAAGCACCAGGACGGGGACAAAGCCGACGGCGUCGGGGCGGGCGGCGGCAGCGGCAGCGAAUCCAGCGACGAGGGGCAGCCGGAGCUUGACUAG